AUGGAUUCCGACAUGGGAAACCUUGGCUUUGAGCCCUCAUUGCAGAUCAUUCAGGAAAUCUAUCAUCUUUCUAGAAAUGCCUCCAAACCGCCCAAUUUAGUUCCAGUCUGUUCUACAAUACCCGGAGAACUUCUCACGCCGUCAACAGUGUUUCUUAAGCUAUCUGCAAAAUCCAAGUCGAACUUUUCCUUUCUUUUUGAAAGCGCAGGGACAACAGAAAAGACAGCACGGUACAGCCUUAUUGGAGUUAUCAAAACAGGUUCAGGUUUCGGCGCCCAGACGGAUCCUUUGGAUGUCCUCACCGAUGAGCUUUCGCAAUACCGUGUCGCCUCCAUCCCGUCCCUUGAGCCGUCCCCGUUGAACGGCGGGGCAGUGGGUUAUCUGUCCUACGAUUGCAUCAAGUAUUUCGAGCCAAAGACAGCCCGAACACUUGAGGACAAUCUAAAUAUCCCGGAAGCUUUGUUUAUGUUGUUUCACACGAUUGUUGUCUUCGACCAUUUCCGUUCGGUGAUCAAAGUUUUCACCUAUCUACAACUCCCUCCGCUCAAUUCGCCUCCCAACGCUAUCCGAGCCGCGUACGACCAUGCUAUUGAAACACUUAAAUCGACUGUCUCACUAAUCCUACAUCCGGAUAUCCCCUUGCCACAUCAGCCUCCGAUCUCACCAAAUCAGGUUUACAACUCGAACGUCGGCCGGCGCGGAUACGAAUCCCACGUCUCCUUUCUAAAGGAGAAUGUUAAAUUAGGAAACAUCAUUCAAGCUGUUCCUCUAAAUCCCUCACCGUACCUCUUCUACGUCUCGUGUUCUGACUUCUUCCUUGUGGGCGCAUCUCCAGAGCUGCUGCUUAAGACAGAUGGUUUAAUGCCACUGCCAAGAUUUGUCGGUAGCCAAUCUAUUCCAGGCCCAUUGCGACCUCGUAUUGUCAACCAUGUUAUCGCUGGUACCAUAGCCCGUGGACAGACAACAGCUGAGGAUGAAGCACUUGCACAGCAACUGCUUUCCUCAUUAAAGGAUAGAGCUGAGCAUGUUAUGUUGGUGGAUCUGGCACGAAACGAUGUCAAUCGGGUCUGUGACCCACUCACAGUUCAGGUAGACCGGCUUAUGCGGAUAGAUCAGGCUGGUAAAGCACCUGGGAUAGAUCGUUUCUCGCAUGUGCAGCAUCUGACCUCUGAAGUGUCCGGUUUACUCCGACCGGAAUGCAGUCGCUGGGACGCGCUACGAUCUGUAUUCCCAGCCGGCACCGUCUCUGGUGCUCCCAAAGUCCGUGCUAUGGAAUUGAUAUCCGAGACUGAGGGCGAAACGCGGGGGAUCUAUGGGGGUGCGGUCGGUUGGUUUGGGUACGAUACCGUACUUCUUACGCCUUCGCCCUCCAGAGCCGGGGUCAUCGAAUCUGAAAUUGUGGAGGAAGGGCCUAUGGACACUUGCAUUGCAAUUCGCACAAUGCUCGCCAAGGCUGGUGUUGUUUAUCUGCAGGCCGGCGGUGGGAUCGUUUACGAUAGCAACGAGAGUGAGGAGUGGAUGGAGACUAUGAACAAAUUGGCGGCGAACAUGCGCUGCAUCGAGCUGGCCGAAAGUCGAUUUGGUGGAAAUGCUUCGUACGCGAAAACCGUCAAGGAGUUGAUAGAGGAGGAGAGGCAAAAGACUAAAAAGUUGUAG